GCCGGGCCUCCUCUGCAGGCGCAGGACGUAGGCGGUGCAUUCCUGACCCCGGACGACCGGCUAGCAUUCGCUCUGGGCUUCUUCCGAGGGUUGGCACGGGGCCGCGGUUGCCCAGGGACCUAGUAGGGCCCGGGUGGCUCAGGCGGGGGUCGUGUUUGGAAGGUGGUGAGCCUGUGCUGGCCUUCCCAGACCCCGGUUCCUCUAGCUGCAGCUGUCCCCGGGGUGCUUUGUUCGGUAACCCCUAGAUACAGCAAGAGUGCCUAUAAUUUGUGACUUGCUGCCCUUAGGAAGGUGAACAGCAGCACCUCUUGCAGGACUGAGUGGGAUGGCCUGCAAAAUGGCUCCGUCAGCCAUUGCGCUCCUCUGAGAGACCAGUUGUGCUGAGUCACCGUGGCUGCCCACUUCAUUUGGGUGGGCAGAUGGGAGUGCACCAUGCAUGGUUAGUGAUCUUAUGUGACAAGGAGGGAGGGAAUAGAACUUGCGUUUCUGUGACACUCAGCAGCAGCGUGCAGCAGUAGGGUCAGGAGUGCCUUCGUGGGCCUGAGCAGACAUGGUGGGCCGUGAUACCUACAGGACAGGGCAGGGUGGCUGAGGUGCGACUGUGGUUUGGAUGGCGCCUGCGCUUUUCUCCCUGCUCAUCAGGUGCUGCUGACAUCUGAAUUAGGCCCGUGCUUCAGAUGGUGUAACCCCUUCUUGUGAUGGGUUUGACAGUAUUGCACUUUCUUUCCCCUCUCUUCUGGACCACAGACUGCAAGCCCAGUAAUGAGUGGCAUGGUUUACGUGGACAUUAGUAUUUUGUUGAGAGGUAUCAGCACUAUGGCCACUGAAGACCAGGCAUAGGGAGUUGGGAAGACUUGGUGGGGGAUGCAGGACUUGGAAGCCAGCGCACUUUGCUCUUUUCUCUGUUGCUGACCUCAUUUACCUCAGGUUCCCUGGUUUAAACUGUGUGGCUACUGCAGGCCUGGUGCCUGUCAACCUAUUGAUCCUUGAGACUGUGCCCUGGGGCACUCCAUGUCAGGGCCUGCCACCAUGCGACUGAGCUCCCUGUUGGCUCUGCUGCGACCAGCGCUCCCCCUCAUCCUGGGGCUGUCUCUGGGAUGCAGCCUGAGCCUUCUGCGAGUUUCCUGGAUCCAGGGUGAGGGAGAAGAUCCCUGUGUAGAGGCUGUGGGGAAGCCAGGAGGGCCACAGAAUCCAGACUCAAAAGCUGGGUUGGACCAAAGUGAUGAAGACUUCAAACCCAGGAUUGUCCCCUACUACAGGGAUCCUAACAAGCCCUACAAGAAGGUGCUCAGGACCCGAUAUAUCCAGACAGAGCUGGGCUCUCGAGAGCGCUUGCUGGUAGCUGUCCUGACUUCCCGCACCACACUGUCCACCCUGGCUGUCGCUGUUAACCGUACAGUGGCACACCACUUCCCUCGAAUACUCUACUUCACAGGGCAGCGAGGGGCUCGGGCUCCUGCAGGGAUGCAGGUGGUGUCUCAUGGAGAUGAGCGGCCUGCCUGGCUCAUGUCAGAGACCCUGCGCCACCUUCACACACACUUUGGGGCUGACUAUGACUGGUUCUUCAUCAUGCAGGAUGACACAUAUGUACAGGCCCCCCGAUUGGCAGCUCUUGCUGGCCACCUUAGCAUCAACCAAGACCUGUACUUGGGCCGUGCAGAAGAAUUCAUUGGCUCAGGAGAGCAGGCCCGGUACUGCCACGGGGGCUUUGGCUACCUGCUGUCACGGAGUCUCCUGUUGCGUUUGCGGCCACAUCUGGAUGGCUGCCGAGGGGACAUCCUCAGUGCGCGGCCCGAUGAAUGGCUUGGCCGCUGCCUCAUCGACACUCUGGGCGUCGGCUGUGUCUCACAGCACCAGGGACAACAGUAUCGCUCCUUCGAACUGGCCAAGAAUAGGGACCCUGAGAAGGAGGGGAGCUAUGCUUUCCUGAGUGCCUUCACCGUUCACCCUGUCUCCGAGGGUACCCUCAUGUACCGGCUCCACAAACGCUUCAGCGCUCUGGAGUUAGAGCGGGCUUACAACGAAAUAGAACAACUACAGGCUCAGAUCCGGAACCUGACGGUGCUGACCCCCGAAGGGGAGGCAGGGCUGAGCUGGCCUGUAGGGCUCCCAGCCCCUUUCACUCCACACUCUCGCUUCGAGGUGCUGGGCUGGGACUACUUCACAGAGCAGCACACCUUCGCUUGUACAGAUGGCGCUCCCAAAUGCCCUCUGCAGGGAGCCAGCAGGGCAGACGUGGGCGAUGCUGUGGACACCGCUCUGGAGCAGCUCAAUCGGCGCUAUCAGCCCCGCCUGCGCUUCCAGAAGCAGCGGCUGCUCAAUGGCUACCGGCGCUUUGACCCUGCCAGGGGUAUGGAGUACACCCUCGACUUGCUUCUGGAAGCUGUAACUCAGCGAGGGCACCGGCGCUCCCUGGCCCGCAGAGUCAGCCUGCUGCGGCCACUAAGCAGAGUGGAAAUCCUGCCUAUGCCCUAUGUCACUGAGGCUACGCGGGUGCAGCUGGUGCUGCCGCUCCUGGUGGCCGAAGCUUCCGCCGCCCUGGCUUUUCUUGAGGCCUUUGCUGCCAGUGUCCUGGAGCCUCGAGAACAUGCAUUGCUCACCCUGCUGUUGGUAUAUGGGCCCCGGGAAGGCCGCGGGGGCCCUGACCCGUUUCUUGGGGUGAAGGCUGCAGCAGCUGAGUUAGAACGACGGUACCCUGGGGCAAGGCUGGCCUGGCUUGCUGUGCGAGCAGAGGCCCCUUCCCAGGUGCGACUCAUGGAUGUCAUCUCCAAGAAACACCCAGUGGACACACUCUUCUUCCUUACCACCGUGUGGACAAGACCUGGGUCGGAAGUCCUCAACCGCUGCCGUAUGAAUGCCAUCUCUGGCUGGCAGGCCUUCUUUCCAGUCCACUUUCAGGAGUUCAACCCUGUUCUGUCACCACAGAGAUCCCCCCCAGGUGUCCCUGGGGCUGGCCCCGAACCCCCAUCCCCUGGUGUUGACCCCUCUCGGGGGGCUGCAGUCGGGGGCAGAUUUGACCGGCAGGCAUCGGCAGAGGGCUGCUUCUACAAUGCUGACUACCUGGCAGCCCGUGCCCGGCUGGCUGGUGAACUGGCAGGCCAGGAAGAGGAGGAAGCCCUGGAGGGGCUGGAGGUGAUGGAUGUUUUCCUCCGGUUCUCAGGGCUCCACCUCUUUCGAGCCGUAGAGCCAGGGCUGGUGCAGAAGUUCUCCCUGCGGGACUGUAGCCCCCGGCUCAGUGAGGAACUGUACCACCGCUGUCGCCUCAGUAACCUGGAGGGGCUGGGAGGCCGUACCCAGCUGGCCAUGGCUCUGUUUGAACAGGAGCAGGCCAACAGCACUUAGCUUCCCUACCCCUGUGCCUGCCAUAGCCCCAGGAAGGGCAAGGCAAGGUGAUGGACAGAUGGAGGGCUUGUCACUGUAUUUUUUUAAUAAUAAGAAAAUGUUAUUAAAAGUAUCUUCUGCCAAA